GCUUCUGAUCAGGGUUUUAGAUUACUGCCUUAAAAAUUAGGGUUUAAAGCAGCAAUUCAAUUUGAUUUUUCUUCAUCUUAUUGACUGCAAAUUCCUCACCUCCAAAAGAAAUAAAAUUAGAAUCCCUCAAAUAAUAUCAUCAAUGAAUGAACAGAGAAGCUUUAAAAUUCUUCUCCAACUUAAAGAGAACUUCAACUUUCCCCAAAGACCCAUACAAUUUCAACAAGCAGCUCCACCUCCUCACCAGUUCAUCAUGCGGUGACAUAUCUUUAAAGCUCCUCUCAUACUUUAUUUCAAAAGGGUACACUCCAUUACCAUCUUCAUUCAACUCUGUAGUUUCAUUUCUCUGUAAAUUGGGUCAUAUUAGCUAUGCUCAUAAAAUUGUACUUUCAAUGCCGAAACUCGGGUCUUUACCCGAUGUUUUUACUUACAAUUCUUUGAUUGAUGGGUAUUGUAGAUUUGGUAGUGUUAGAGAAGCUUGUUUGAUUAUGAGGGGUGUUAGGAGUAGUGGGUGUAGAGUGGAUUUAGUUACUUUUAAUGCGUUGUUUAAUGGGUUUUGUAAGGGGAAAAUGAGGGUUGAGGUGUUUGUUUAUAUGGGUUUGAUGUGGAAAUGUUGUUUGCCGAAUGUAAUUACUUAUGCGACUUUGAUUGAUGCGUUUUGUAAGUUGGGGGAUUUGGCGAUAGGACGGAAGUUCUUUUGUGAAAUGAGGAAAGAUGGGGUUUUGCCGAAUUUAAUUGCGUUUACUAGUUUGAUUGAUGGUUAUUGUAAAGUUGGUGAUUUGGAUUUUGCGUUUGAGUUGUAUAAGGAGAUGAAUGAGUGUGUGAUUUCGCCUAAUGUGUAUACAUAUGGUGUGUUGAUUGACGGUUUUUGCAAAAGAGGGAUGUUGGAAAGAGCGGAAUGGUUGUUUUUGAAAAUGGUGGAAGUUGGGGUGAUGCCGAAUUCAACUGUUUACUCUUCGAUGAUAAAUGGGUACUUAAAGAAAGGGGAUAUUGAUAUUGCGAUGGCGUAUUUUAGUAAAAUGCGUAAGAAAAGGAUUAAGCUUGAUAUAGUGGUUUAUGGGGUACUCGUAUCAGGACUUGCCAAUAACGGUAGGUUAGACAAAGUUCUGGAAGUAACUGAGGAUAUGUCGAGUAGUGGAAUAGUUCCUGAUAAGAUGGUACUAACGACACUAAUGAAUGCCUACUUCAAUGCCGGGAAUACAAAAGAAGCUUUCGGUGUGUAUAAGGAGUUAUUAGAUCGAGGUUUUGAGCCUGACGUUGUAACUAAUUCCAGCCUAGUAGACGGGCUCUGUAAAGAUAGACGCUAUCAUGAUGCUAAAGGGUACUUUUGCAAGGAGAAGGCUAAUGAAGUUUCAUAUACUGCACUUAUCGAUGGGAUUUGCAAGGAAGGAGAUUUAGGUGAAGUUGAAAGAGUUGUAAGGGAGAUGUCGGAAGCAGGAUUCUUUCCGGACAAAUUUGUCUAUACUUCUUGGAUUGCGGAGCUGUGUAGGCAAGGGCAAAUAGUGGAGGCAUUUAAGUUAAAGAACAAGAUGGUUCGAGAAGAUAUUGAAUUGGAUUUAAAAACAUAUAGCUCUCUAAUUUAUGGUUUGGCUAGCAAAGGGUUAAUGAUUGAAGCAAAACAGCUUUUUGAUGAUAUGUUGAAAAGGGGAACCAGUCCCGAUGCUAUGGUUUUUGAUAUUCUGAUUAGAGGGUAUCUUAAGCAAGAUGACACUGUUGCCAUCUCGCAUUUGCAUGAGGAAAUGAGAAGGAGAGGACUUAAGAUUAUAGAUGGUGAGUAAACGGGAAAAAGAAGUUUCUAAUAACAGUUAAAAAGUCUGCUCUCAUGGGUGCAUAAAGUCAGAUUAACAUUCUUUGUUGGUUAUGUAGCACGGACAUGGAUGGGACACUUUGGACACAGAAACUUGAAACGAUGUUAUUUGUUGUGUUAAAAAUGAAGUUUUGUGUCCAAAACGACAGGUUCUCGACACAUUUUUGAAACGGGCAACAUUAAUCGAAUGAAAUGGCUGUGCUAAAGCAUGUUUUGUUGCACAAAUUCUAUGUCAAGCAGAGACUUUACAGGCUCUUAAAUGGCUUUGUUGUGUAUAUAAAGGUCAUACACCACUCGUAAGAUCAAGUCUUGGCGGACCCAGAGGCAAGAAAAGAGGAAGAUAGUGGUGACUGGAGAAGGGGACGGGAUGAGAUGAUUAAAAUUUAAAAGAUGGGAACCCAUAUUCCCUACCAUGAGGUCUUUUCGUGUAGCUGAUACAUUUACACGGAUUUCCUCGCUCCAUUCAAAAAUAAUAUCAAAAGAAGUAAAGGACAUUCGGAAACAGUCGACGGGCAGGGUAGAAGAUGACUGUCCAUCCUGCCUUUAGUUCCGCUCAGUGGUGUAUUAUCAUGCAUCUCAUAUACUACCAUUUUAGUAUUUUUCAUGAUAAAUUCAAAUGUAUACUCUUGCAUUUUAUCAACUUCACAACAAAAUUGCUAUUUCAGGGUCUUAAUUUUUUUUAUUA